AUGGUUUAUUAUGGCAGUUCAAAGUUCAUCAGAUGCUUUGGCGCAAUCGAAAGGUUGUUGAAUGCCUCUUAUCCUUUAGGGCUCAAAGAGCAAUUCGCUGAGAGGGUUUCUCAACCAAAGUUCAUUUCACAAGCACAUGGUUAGAAUUUCAUUGUGGAAGAGAUUCCUGAGACACUUUCGUAGAAACAUGCUUGCCUACAAGGCAUUUGCAUUCUUGGGAAUUUGCUCAUUCUUGAAUGGAUUUUUACGCCUACCAUGGUUUUAUUUCCCUGGUAUUGCUGUUACCUUCGGAACAGCGUUUUACCUUGGAAGCGGUGGAUGGAGAUAUCUGCUGAUCGUCUUACAAACAUUACCGCGUGAUCUAAGUGGUAUCUUGACACUUAUACAUGUAAAGAAAGUAAUGGCAAAGCAUAAUAGGAAUAAUGAAACAAUUGGAAACAUUUUUACUACCACCAUUGUUGAUAAGUAUCCCAACAAGACAGCCUUCAUUGAUGUGGAUACUGGGAAAACAAUGACAUUCUCCGAGGCAGAUCAGCUAGCUAACAAAUUAGGAAAUGUAUUUUAUGGAGCAAAUUAUCAGAAAGAUGAUGUUGUAGCAAUUUUCAUGGCCUCCUCUCCUGAGUAUGUUUGCUAUUGGCUUGGACUGUCAAAAAUAGGAGUCAUUUCUGCAUUAAUCAAUUUCAAUCUGAGAGGUGAAUCAUUAGCUCAUUGUAUAAAUAUAUCAGGUGCAAAGAGUGUCAUUUACAGCAAGUCGUUAUCAGAGGCAAUUUCCGAGGUAAAAGAUUCUCUUGACAAGGAGUUGCAGUUCUACUGUGUUGGUGAUGACUCCAACAUUCCUGGAAGUUCAAAUUUGGAAAAUCUCUUGCAACAGAGUGCAACUUCUAAACCUCCAGAACCAAAAAAUAGAUCUUUCUUUGAUAAGCUCAUGUACAUCUACACUUCUGGAACCACAGGCCUCCCUAAAGCAGCAGUAAUCAAACAUGGGAGGUUCUUUUAUAUGAGCUAUGGUUUGGGUACUUGUUUCAAUGUCACUAGCAAUGAUGUCAACUACAUACCAUUGCCUUUGUAUCAUUCCAACGGUGGUAUUGUUGGCAUAGGCAUGACACUUUUAAUUGGAAAUACUGCAGCUAUUCGAAAUAAGUUCUCAGCCAGCAAAUUCUUUGAAGAUUGUGGAAAGUAUGGGGCAACUCUAACACAUUAUAUUGGUGAAACAUGUCGAUAUAUGUUGGCACAGCCACCAAGAGACUCGGACAAAAGUCACAAGCUACGUCUUGCCCUUGGUAACGGACUCAGGCCACAGAUUUGGGAAGAGUUCCAAACACGUUUCAAUAUCAAACAGAUUGGCGAGUUUUACGGUUCAACAGAAGGAAACGCAAACGUUCUUAAUAUUGAUAAUAAGAAAGCGGCUGUUGGGUUUAAUUCAGUUUUGGCUCCCUGGUUCUUCCCUUUGAAGCUUUUUAAGGUUGAUGAAGUUACUGGUGAACUGCUGAGAGGAGCUGACGGCCUCGCGAUUCCUUGUGGAUAUAACGAGCCUGGGGAGAUGAUUGGAAAGAUUAAGAACAAUGACCCAUUACGAAAGUUUGACGGAUACCUUAACAAACAAGCAACAUCAAAGAAGAUUGUCCACGAUAUAUUUACUCAUGGUGAUUCUUGUUUUUUGACUGGAGACAUUCUCUACCAGGACGAGUAUGGCUAUUUCUUCUUCCACGAUCGCACAGGCGACACGUUUCGCUGGAAAGGCGAAAAUGUCUCAACUGCAGAAGUUGAAUCGAUUAUUGGCAAGAUUCUCGGUCUGAGGGAUGUUGUUGUCUAUGGGGUGAAUGUCCCUGGCACAGAGGGAAAAGCAGGAAUGGCUGCAAUUGCGGACCCUGAUAAUCAGAUUGAUCUCAACGAACUACUGGAGCCGAUGCAAAAGUCACUACCUGCAUACGCAAGGCCUGUUUUUAUUCGCAAACAACAGGAAAUAUCAACAACUGGCACUUUUAAAUACCAGAAAGUUCAGCUAAGAAAGGAUGGGUUUGAUCCCAGUAAAGUAAAAGGAGAUGCAUUGUACUUUUUUGAUCAAAAAACCCAAACAUAUGAGGUGCUGAAUACAGCAGUUUACAAGCAGCUUCUUAACUGCAAAAUACGACUCUGAAUAUUUUGAUGUUAGUAUGCUUAAUAUUUUUUACUCUCUGGAAUCUUUCUCAGGCCCCUUAUUUCCAGAGUGCAAUUUCUAGUCGUAUGUUGCAUUUGUUUUGAGUGUGUCGGUUUUUACUCGAAAGAACAUAAUAAUAACAUAAAUAUUCAGGUAGGAGCUAUUUAAUAAUGCUCAGUAUGACGUUUAAAGACGACUCAUCGUCAAUGAAACUGCAUUGCGAUUUAGACUGUAGGCUCAAUCUUUAGUUUUCUAUUUUUAAUUUGAACUUCCUGCUGUUCCCAUUUUUAGCGCAAUUAAAAUCUUUUUUUGGGUUA